AUGAUAACGUGCUUCAUGCGUAACCCCCCAUGCGCCCUGGUCACUAGUGUACGACACACACACGCCGAGUACCGUGAACAUGUCCAACUCUACACCCUCCACCAGCAGCAGCGCCAUGCCGGCGGGAACAUCCCACCUGAGCUUGUGCGCCGCCGGGGGAAAAUGACCGCCGAGAGGAAGUCAUUUGUGAUAAAGGUGUAUGACGCAGAAGGUUUCCUCUACAAUCUGGGGAUAACCAAGAAGACAGAACCUGUUGUGGUCCAACGGGGGGACCUGGUGAGCAAGUAUAUCGGUCAGACCACCGAAAUGACACGAAGGAAGAUUAACCAGAGCAAGGGAGGGGUCAUGCUUGUGGACGAGGCCUACCGGCUAGCGCAGACAGACUCGUCAUCCAGGGACGUUGGCCGGGCAGCCCUCGAGGAGAUCAUGAGUGUCAUGGAGGAUGGUGAUCCCAUCAUGAUUUUCGCAGGCUAUCCCGCGGAAAUGGCUUCAUUCCUGGCUGUUAAUCCAGGAAUGAAGUCAAGGAUAGCCUACACUUUCCCUUUCCCUGACUUCAGUGUUGAGGAACUGGCCAACAUCAUGAGAAAGGAAGUGGACAACAAAGGCCUGCGUUGA